AUGGCACCAAUCACGCGGAAUACUUCACUCAAGGCGCUUCAAACGAGGUUGAAGGCUCUAUUGGGAAUGUUCGACGAUAUUUGCCGUUUUGUCGACUCGAUGGAUGAUGACACUCCAGCGACUGCAGCGACAGUUCGUAUAGAGAAAUUGGACGAAUUAUGGGAUCAGAUCAACGACACAACAAUGGAGAUCGAGAUGCACGAAGAUUUCAAUGACGAUGACGAAACCUACUCCAGGAAACGAUCGGAAUUUGGCGAUCGUUAUUACAGGGCGAAAUCUUUGCUACUUGAGAAGGUCAAGGAGCCAGAGAAGAAGUUGAACCUUUCAAUUACCAACCAACAUUCAAUCCAUGAGCACGUUAGACUCCCACAAAUCAAGUUGCAGACCUUCGAUGGCAACAUUGAUGAGUGGUUGAGCUUUAGGGAUCUGUAUUUGUCAUUGAUUCAUUGCAAAACAGACUUACCAGAUGUAGAAAAACUCCACUAUUUAAAGGGGUGCUUAGUAGGAGAAGCUAGGUCUUUGAUAGACUCGCUCGCAAUCACCAAAGCGAAUUACCAGAUAGCGUGGGAUGCGUUAAUGAAACGCUAUAAUGAUAGCAAGAUGCUCAAGCGUAGGCAGGUGCAGGCACUUUUUAAUUUACCAAGCGUUACAAGAGAGUCGGUAGCCGAACUGCAGUCACUUUUAGAAGCUUUUGAGAGUAUCGUUAAAACUUUGGAUCAACUAGUACAACCAGCCGAUUACAAGGAUUUAUUGCUACUGGAUGUGUUGUGUUCGAGAAUGGAUCCAACUACACGCAGAAGCUGGGAGGAGCAUUCUACUCCAAAGGAGCAUAAUACGAUCGAAGAUUUAACGGAAUUCCUACAGAGGAGAAUAAGGGUGCUUAGUUCACUUCCCGAAGAAUCCGUCGAGGCGAAUCAGGAUUAUUCACAACAAUUCAAGGGGAAAAUACCUUUAGCCAAAACUAGCCAUAACGCAUUGAUAUCGUCCAGGGAACAAUGUGUAGUUGGUCACGUAAAUCUCAUUUCAACUCUGCUGUUCACCCAAUCGUACGGCAGCAAUUUAACACCUGCCUGCGUCUCCAAUUAUACCACAACCAGGGACGGAAGCGAAAGUGGUGUGAUGAAAGGUAACCCAGUGAUCAACGGAAAUGCUCGAAGGAAAACUCUGCAGAGCGCAGCUGACGGGAAGGCGCCUCCCCCAACACCCUUCGACCAUGCGACCAUGCGGAACCGCUGCAUGAGCCCCCAGCGAAAGCACGAUUUGCAAUAA